CUGCGGCCCUCCAGGCCCGGAGUUCGACACCCCUGCCAUAGUGUGAAGAGUUCUGAGAUGGUGAAGCCGCUAUAUAAACAAAAAAAGUAUUAUUAUUAAUGUUUAGGCGAGUCUCGAAGAAAAAUGUCCUAUUGCCUUUCAGAAAAAGGUUGCAAGUCUCGUGCUUUCGUUUUCGGAUGGUGAAACAGACUGACAGAUUUCGGCACAUCGUGGCUUUUGAUAGAUCAUCUUUUUGCGGUUAGCCCCCUUUCGUUUGCGUUAAAAAACACUCGUCUCCUUGACGAAGGUUCGUUGCCUAUGCCGAGACUUGCCGAAAAUAGUCGACAAUAAGCGACUUUUUUUCCGAUGGGUUCCGGGAAGAGCCGAAGGGAACCCCGGAAGUGGUCUCUUUCGGUAUUGUGAGAGAGCCUGGUUUAGGAGUAGGGAGGGGGGGGAGAGGUCUGCAAUGAAACGAAGAGAAUUUCAUUCUGUUUUACAGGUAAACGACCCAUAGAAGAAAGCGAACUGUGGAAUUUCACGAUAGUUGGUUGUGAAUGCAGAUCUCCAGACCUUGUCAGCUCUCAUGCCAGAAAAAAAAACACAAUGUCAAUAAAACUUUGAUUUUGUAAAGCAGGAGUGAGGGAAGAUGCAGUCUUCGGGUCACCGACUCAGAGAUGUGGAGCAUCAUCCACUCAUCACAGGAGAAGAGGAUUAUGAUGGUCCCCCAUCUGAAAAUGAAAUUUCUGACCGCAUUUGGUUCAUUCGAGAUGGCUGUGGUAUGAUCUGUGCCAUCAUGACUUGGUUUUUGGUGCUGUAUGCAGACUUUGUAGUGACAUUUGUCAUGUUGUUACCCUCCAAGAACUUUUGGUAUUCAUUGAUCAAUGGAGUGGCUUUCAAUUUUUUGGCGGUGCUAGCCCUUUCUUCUCAUCUCAGGACAAUGCUAACAGAUCCAGGAGCUGUGCCAAAGGGAAAUGCCACAAAGGAAUACAUGGAAAGUUUGCAAUUAAAGCCAGGAGAAGUAAUCUACAAGUGCCCCAAAUGUUGCAGUAUCAAACCUGAGAGGGCCCACCAUUGCAGUAUUUGUAAGAGAUGUAUUCGGAAAAUGGAUCACCACUGUCCUUGGGUAAAUAACUGUGUUGGGGAAAACAAUCAGAAGUUCUUUGUUCUCUUUACUAUGUAUAUAGCAAUGAUUUCAGCUCAUGCUCUCAUAAUGUGCGGCUUCCAGUUUGUCUCUUGCGUAAAAGACCAGUGGAGUGAAUGUAGUGACUUUUCACCUCCAGUGACAGUUAUAUUGAUGAUCUUCCUCUGCCUUGAAGGAAUGCUCUUCCUCACCUUUACUGCUGUGAUGUUUGGAACCCAGAUCCACUCAAUAUGUAAUGAUGAAACGGAAAUUGAGCGGUUGAAGAAUGAAAAACCAACUUGGGAACGAAGAAUGCGGUGGGAAGGAAUGAAAACAGUAUUUGGAGGGAAGCCAUCUUUGUUAUGGAUCAAUCCAUUUGCUGGCAUUCGACUGCGACGCAUAUUGAUGAGGACAAGAAAAGGAGGACCAGAGUUCUCUGUUUGAGUCCAAUUAUGUACUGUGUUGAAAAAAUUUUAAAUCGAAAUUGGUCUUCUGUAUGUAUCAUAAGGUGUCAUUCUGGACUACACCCUUAUUUUAAGCUGCAAUUAUAGAAAUAUUGCUUUUUUUCUGCUGGCAGGACUGAUGUCUUACUAUAUGUGGACAGCUAGAAUCUCCAUGAGAUUGCCUGAAUUUCCAAAUUUUCUUUUUUAUUUUGAAUAAGUAUUAAUGUGCCUGAUUUGCUUUUUAAAUUAUGAAUUUAAAUAUGCUAUGUAAGCAAUUAAAGAAUUCUGUUAAAAGGAACAUGAUUGCUUCUGACCAUAAAAUUGGUAUUUAUAGGAAAUAUGAGAAUAAAUGGCAAAAUCAUUGUACUAGUUUUGGAUUACCAAAUGUCACCCCUCAAAAAAGCUGUCUAGAUUCUCAAACCUAACGUUUAUGUAAAAACAAAGAACCUAAAUGAUGAAAUUCAAAUGUAUUUUUGUGGACAUUCAAAGUCUAUUACUUUAUUGGGAAAGGCAAUUAACGAUUGGCUAACAUACACUUAUAAAGAUUACCAAACAAAUGUUAUGCCACUGUUAAAUGUAUUUAUGAGUUGAAUUUAUAAUCUCAUAAUAUUAUUACCAAAAUCCAGUGGUACUUAUUUUCAAGUAUGGCACAUUUUAAAAUAAAAAUAUAAUCCAUAACACAGUGUACUUUGAUCCAGCAUUGCCAUUUUUUCUUUAUUUCAUCUCAGUUGGCAAAGUGGUUUUGUUCCUCCUUCUUAAAUUGUGUUUACUCUAAAUGGUUGUCUUUGGAAGAGUCAGCCUUUUGUUAAAGAUUAAUUUCCAUUACGAUAUUGUAACACUACCCGUGGAAUGAAGAACAAUCUGGUUUAUACUGAUGAAUAUAAGAUUCUUCAGGGUUUUUGGAUUUUAAAAACCUAGGGACUGGCUUAAGGAUUUCUUUGACACCUGCUGUAAAACUUAUUACAGUAUCACAUGUUUAAUUUCAUACAUGUGGAAGGGGAUAAGUAUUUAUGCUGUGUGAGAAUUUGUACAUUGGCUGGCAAUAGCAUGCUCAGCUCGAUGAUAAAAUCUCUCCAAUGCACUGAUUAUGCAACCACUUUUUUAUGUUUAAAAUUAUUUUGUGGGAUUUCGUCUUUUCCUAGUUAAACUUUGCGUUUAUGUGUAAUCAGUAUAGUGUGCAAAACAUUUAAAUUAAAAUCAUAGCACAAAAAGUAAAUAAUAACUAUAAUAGUAUCAUGAUGUGUUUAGUAAAUACAAAUAUUUUAAUUGUCAAGUAAAAUGGACAACUUUGCUCACUCAGAAUGAUGCAGGUUAUGCAGUGUUUAAUCUUUUUUCAUAAAACAUUCAGACAUUCAAUUAAGGCAACAUUUAGAUAUUAUGCUGAUUAUGUCUAGAUUCUUAGUUGAUCAUAUUACAUAUGAUUUAAAUAACUUGCAUUUAUUAAAAUGAUUAAUGAAAGUAAGUCAACUGUAAUUUCUCUACCUGAUGUUAUUUAGUACAGUAUUUGAAAACAUUGUUUAAGUAAGGUUCAAAUAUGCAUUUUUUUUAAAUUAUGCAUAAUUAUGCUACUUUGGGAAAGUAUAUUCAGUAUAAAAAUGGAAAAAUACUUAACCAUCCUGCGUGUAUUCUAAAACAGAAUUAUCAAUAAGGAAGUUAAAUUAAUCAGAAUACAUCAUAUGCAGCAGCAUUUAUAAUGCUAUUCUGUCUUAAGCAUUGUUGCUGCUGUUAUUUUAAGAAAAAUAAACUUGAGUAAUGUAUUGGUACUGUGUAUGGGUAAAAAUGCUAGAUUACUUUGUCAAUAUUGAUAUGUGUACUUUUACGUUUACAUCAUGAAAUACUUAGGAAAAAUCACUACAAUACUAUGCAAUGCUUAAUAACAAUAACCUUGAUCAAAUGACUUUGGUUUUAAAGCAUAGCCUAUAUCUUUAAUGUAAAUCCCUUCUCUGACUCGUUUAAGCAACUGAUAAAUAUGAAUUAAUAAGAAGUUAUUGUAAGUAAAAAACUUCCAAAAUAAGGCAACUGAGCGCAAGAUGCAUUUAUUAUGAGAAAUUAAUAAAUGAAGGUAGAUCAAUUAUUUUCUUUAUUUGCUUGUUUCAUAACAGAUAACAAUUUUAGGAUGGAGUGGCACAGUAACAUUUUUAUUCAUGGUUGUGAUACUAAUAAGUUUCUUUUUUGUGGUCCUGUUUGAUAGUCAACAUUAUCACAGUAUUCCAAAGCCCAUCACAGUACAAUGAGUAUUUUUAUUGUGUAAAACAAUUUACCUAAAAUCUCUAAGCCUUAUAAAUUUUUGAUGUUUUUCAUAUACCACCAGGUCAUUAUAUUUUACUGUAUAAACAUCUGAGAUUGAAUGUGUUUUAAUUACAAAAUAAAUAUUAAAAAUAGUUGAUUAGGUAUGUGUGUAAAAGAAAGUUGAAAAUAAAAUCCGCUUUAGUAUGAAAAUUGAUUUGCAAUAGUUUUGUCAGAAGUGUGUUGCCUAUUACUUGACACUGUAAAUCCUGGCAUGUUCAAAACCCUGCAUGAAUAUUUAGUAACAAGAAGUAAAAAUAAUCUUUAGUAGUAUAUUAUAUUUCAGAAAAAAGACUGAGCAAAGAUUUCAAUUUCUUGACAGUAUUUUUAAUAUUUUAUUAUUGAACUAAAUGUUAAAGUUGCAGGGAGAAAUGAAAAAUUUUCAUUUUUACUUCCUUUAUUACUCUAGCUUAAGUGUGUAAAGAAUUAUUUACCUUAAUUAGAUGGCAAUAUUAAAAUUUAAUUUUAAUUCAUAUCACUAGAUUUAUUAUUUUUUCUUCCACUUACUAGGACAUGCAGUAGAUGAUGCUGAUAUACAUACUUAAUGGCCAAAGUAUAGUAUUAAAGCAGGGGUUGUCAAAGUUGGUCCUGGGGGCCCACUGUGGCUUAAGGUUUUUGUUCCAACCAGAUUCAUAAUCGGUGACAACACCAGACAACACUGAUCUCAUUUAAUUAGCUGGGUUUUUUUCUCUUAUUCUACAUUAAGAAAGCACCACAGCAUGAUUUUUACAUUAAUAAGACAUUUAGGAAUAUUUCCAUUUUUGCUAUAGAUUUAAUUAUAGCAUUAUAUGAUUUCAUUGUAUUUUGCCCCUUCUCUGUGCAGUUUGCUCCCUUCAUUGUAUCUUAAUAAUGACAACCAGCAGAGCAGCAGACAGCCAGGUAAACAACAAUGAAUAAUCAAAGGCUGCAACUACUUCAGCGUUAGACCCACUAAUUAGAAAAUAAUGAAUUAAUUAAACAAUUAGAACACUCUGCAAAAAACAGAAUGAAAAUCAAGAUGAAAAUAUUGUUGAAAAGAAAACAAAAUACAUUAUUCCAAUAUAACUGCUUGGUACAUUUUAAUAUACAUUCAAAUUUCUACAUUUUUCCCAAAACACAGAAUUUGACAAAUAACAGUUCGAUUAAUUAGCCCAGGAGUCCAAUUAAAAAUAGAAGCUGGUUGGAACAAAAACCUGCAGCCACAGUGGGCCCCCAGGACCGACAUCGAGAACCUCUGUAUUAAAGAAAACGUCUUCAAGUACUUAAUUUAAAAAAAGACUAUAAAUAAAUAAAGAACAUUUUCAUAUAAAUCAAUUAUUAAAACAUUACUUGAGGUUUAUAAUAAUCAUGGAUUUUAUUUAUACUCCGAUCAUGAACCAAACCACUAAAAUAUUUAGCAGUACUAGCUAAGAAAAUAUAUUUGCCAAAUAUAUUAGUAUUUUUAUUUAAACAAAUGUUAGUCUUAGCAUUUUAUGUUAAAUCUACAAGCCAAAUUCUAAAUAUUGUUUUCUUUUCAGUUUAAGUUGUAAGUGACUUAGAAUGUACAUUUUACUUUUAACAUUCAAUAUAUGUCCCAGUUGGGUAUGUCUAUACUUUAAAAUUAAUAUAUUGAAAGCAAAAUUACUUUACCAACUCCCAGACGGCUUCAUAUUUAUUUUGUUUCUAAUUAACAAUUUCCUAAGAGCAAAUUUCUUAGUAAGAUUAGAUGCAGCAGUUAUUGGCACCUACAUUUGGUGUACACUAAGUGGUCAGAUGAGUUCAAGAAGCAUAUCCAUUAAAUGUUUUCAAAAGCCUUCUCUUCAUACAGGAGAUAAAACUAACAUUAAUAAAUUUCUGAAACUGUUAUUGAGGGUCUACAAAGUACAGAGUUCGUUGAUAUUCCAGUCCAUGAUGGAUGUGGAUGGAUUCUGUAACAUUUAAAGUGUUGGCAGGUUUCUAAUGUAGUGUUAAAUAGUCAUGUUGCCCAUUGUCCUAAGUUUCAAUUAUUGUAUGUAAAUAUUUAAUCAUAUAUAACUAUUUAGAAAAAAAAGUUUAAUGUAAAAUAUCUGAAAAGUGAUUUUUUUAUUACAAUAUCAUGUUGGGUACCUAUUUCAUAUCACCAAAUAUUGUAUAAAAAUACUGGUAAUCGUUUUUCCCUUUCUUUUUUUUAAAUUGGUUUUUAAAAUGGUGCUACAGGGUUUAGUUUAUUUACACAUUGGUAAAUCAAGGCUUCUGCCAAAGUUCAAAAUUAAGUCAUUACACUGCUUAAGCAAAACUUCAUCUUGAUGAAAUGUUGAAGACUACAGCUAAGAUUUAUUUGAGUUACAGAUCUAUUUUAGAAAUUAUUAUAAUAUUGUAGAUUACAAAGAGAAAUGCAAUGUAAUUUUGUUAUUGUUUUUUUUAUUGGUAUAUUAACUUAAGCCUAUGUUUGCAGUGUAUUGAUCAGGAUGACUCUUGGAAAACAAAAUAAAUAUUGCAAACAAACU